AUGCACGCGUGGGCCUGCAUCCUGAGCCUCACUGGGUUUUGCCUCGUCUCGAAUGCGUGGGUCGACACCAACGCGCGAGAUCGCUUGGUGGCGGGGACAGCGCCGGCGCUCGCGACGUUUGCGUUGGCUCUUCUGCGCGUCACGGGGCGCUGCUAUAACGGUGUGACACACUUUGCUUUGGCCUAUCCCAUCGCGCUCUCUCAGCUUCUUUCGCUCCUGCAGUCGUCGUACCGCUUCGCGCUCGUCGGUUGCUGCUGUGAUGCAGCUGCGUGUCGCUUGGACCCGGCGCUCUUUGCACCGUCUCAGUGCGGUGCCGCGUGCUCGCUACACGGCGUCCGAUUACAGCAUUUUGUCGGCUCGCUCUUCUCGUCCAGCGCGCUCGCACUGCUGCAAUGGCUCGAAGACACUCGCGACCACCAACCUACGGCGUUCGUCGUUCAGUAUAACCCGAGCGAGAUGCGGGUUCACGUCACCGACGCAGUACGCGGCACGCACGACUGA